UUGACUGCAAAAUGUUACGUGAAUUUAUUUUAUUCUUGUGUUUAACAAAUGUAAUAGAAAGUGCGCGGAUACUUGGAGUGUUUCCAAUACCAUCUAUCAGUCAUCAGGUUGUGUUCAGAUCGCUAACAACAGAAUUAGCUAAAAGAGGGCAUGAAGUUGUAGUAAUAACAACUGACCCAGCAUACAAAUAUGAAAAAGCACCCGCAAAUUUUACAGAAAUUGAUGUACAUGAUGCUUCAUAUAAAACUUGGAAAGAAAUGAUUGACUCCAUAGCAGGAGCAGCGCCGUAUACAAUGCUGACGACAGCUCUACAAAUGAUGGUCGACGUACUAAAGGUUGAAGUUCAAACUCCUCAGGUCAAAGAAUUUAUGGCUAAAAAUCAAACGUUUGACUUGGUUAUAGCUGAAGCAUGUGUGCCAGCAGCUUUAGGUUUUGCUUAUAAAUACAAAGCACCUGUUAUACAAAUGAGUUCAUUCUAUGGGUCAAGAGUAAAUUAUGAUUCUAUGGGUGCUCCAACACAUAUGUUUUUAUAUCCUGAGCUGUAUAGACAGAAGUUAAGAGAUUUAUCAAUUUUAGAUAAAAUAUUAGAAGUUAUAAUCGAGUUCGUGCUAAAGUUCGCAUAUGCUAACUAUGUUGACGAUGUAAAUAGGACACUCAAAAAAUAUUUUGGAGAGGAUACACCCAGUUUAUCUGAGUUGGAGGAUAAGAUAGAUAUGCUUUUUGUAAAUACAAACCCUAUUUGGGAAGGAAACCGGCCUGUGCCCUCUAGUGUGGUGUAUUUAGGGGGACUACACAUGCAACCUGUUAAAGAUCUUCCAAAAGACCUCAAAUCCUAUCUCGACACAUCCAAGGGGGUAAUUUACGUCAGUUUCGGUACCAACUUCAAUCCGUCGACUCUCGCCGAAGACAAGAUCCGUUUGUUACUAAACGUGUUCUCGAAAUUACCUUACGACGUUCUAUGCAAAUGGGACGCCGACGACGUACCUGGGAGACCCAGUAAUGUGAGAAUAGUUAAGUGGGUCCCGCAAAACGACUUGCUAAGGCAUCCAAAAAUAAAGCUAUUCAUCACUCAAGGAGGGAUGCAGUCAACCGACGAGGCAAUAGCUGCAGGCGUGCCUUUGAUAGGUAUACCGAUAUUGGUGGAUCAGUUCUUUAAUACGGAAAAGUACAUACAACACAAGAUUGGUGAAAAGCUGAUAAUGGAGAAAUUAACUGAAGAAGAGUUUUAUAACACAAUUAUGAAGGUUUUAGAAGAUGACAGCUACCGUCAAAACGUAUUGAAACUCCGUACGUUAAUAGCGGACCAGCCUAUGUCUGCACUGGAGCGCGCGGUGUGGUGGACGGAGCACGUCCUGCGGCACGGCGGCGCGCGCCAUCUGCGGGCCCCAGCUGCCAACAUGGGAUGGGUGGAGUAUCUGGAAUUACCCCUUGUAGCAACCUUGCUUGUCAUCCUAGUAACUACCUUGUUAAUUCUUGUUGGAUCCUUGUACGUAUUCGUAAAAUUUGUUAAAAAGUUAUUUAGGAGCAAGUUGAAAAAAGAGUGA